AUGCCAUCCACUUUGAGUACAGCUGACGACACCCUUCCACUAACUUCUCACACCACCAACACCAUCCGUGGAAGUGGACGCUCCUCCCAGCGCCUCGACAUAUCCUGUCACCUCUUCGGGGACCCGCCGAGAGCAGGUGACAUGGCCGUAGACGUUGGCCUUACCCCUCUCGCAUAUGCGGCGCACCCGUCCAUAGUGCACAGGAUAGCGCAGUACGCGUGUCCACGCACCAAGCUAGCUCUGCGCGCGACAUCGCGUUCCCUCCGCCACCUCCUCGACCCGGGGAUAUUUGAGCAUGUCAUCCUUUCUGGUGAGCCCGGCGCCGAACGACUCCGCUCGCCUGCGGGCCACCUGCCUGGAGCGCCAUGGCAUCUGGGCGACCCGACUUGGCUACUCCGCCUGCCCUACGUGCGCGUACUCGACCUCCAAGUGCCCCCUGGCUCUGCCUGGGAGAUGUACAAGGCCGAGCUCUCCGGCCUUGAGGUAGUGCGCGGCGCGAACCACCUCCCGCCGCACGAGCCCAUCAAGGAGCCGCCUUUUGAGCGACAGGUGGAUACCAUGGUCGACACGCUGCACCUGUGCGGUGCUCCCCCGGCCCCUCUCUGCGCGGGGCCGGCGCGCAAACACGUUAUCAACAUCCUCUUCGACCCGUAUGCCGCGCACAUCCCACAUGCCAUCUUCGCGCCAGGGACAGCUAGCCACAUCGUCCUUGUCUUCAGCCCGCAUCACUGCACACCAGCGCGUGGGAGGCUAGUUGCGCGGGCGCACAACCUUUUAUGCUCGGUGCUGGGGCAGUUCAUCACUGCGCUGUGGCGCAGCGCCAUCGUCGAGAGCGUCACCUUCGUUGGGGUAGCUGAACUCGACCUCCGCUCGCUAGGCCUCUCGAAUUCCUUUUCCGUGAGGGACGUAGAGGAGGCGGUGCGUGCCGCUUUUGUCACCGUCGCCUUCCAGGAGCCGAUGACACAUGACUCGACCGUGGUCGACUUUCUUGCAACUGUGAAGUUCGCGUCAAGGGCAGCGUACCGCGUCACCGUUGGCGAGAGACGGUACUUCCUGGAGACGGGCAUUGAGAGCACGGAACGCAGCUCGCCGCUCGACCACACGUGCUACCCGCACAUACUAGAGCGUGUGCUUGCCCUCGCUCCUUGGGACAGUUUACUUCGUCUACGACGUGUUUCGCGCUCUCUCAAGGAGCGCAUUGACGCCGUCCUAUUCAAACACCUCGUCGUUCUCCCGGGCUCGCUUCCGUACAUCCUCUUCGUGAGGGGGGCGGGCGGGCGGCUCCCAGCCGUCUCGACCUGGAACGCUUCGCACCGCGACUGUCUAGUCGACAUCAGAAACCACGCAUUCUUUCAACACACCCGCCUUCUGGACAUACCAGCAGAGCUGGAUGCUGGGAUAGCCAUCCUGGUGUCUGCGCUCCUCCCCAACCUCGAAGUUGUGCGCAACUUCGCUCCCAAACACACCCAGCUCAUGCACGCAGAGACCGAGGUGCAUUAUCAGCCGCUUUCAUUCUUUGCGCAACAGAACAUCGUGCGUUUCGUUCCAAGCUCUCGUGCAUGCAAGGCACGUCUGGUGAUAACCCACCUGUACGACGCCGCGUUACCGACCGCAUCGGAGAUGCCCUCGGUUUCCUCAGUGCGCGGACAUGUUGAUGAAGUGGUCAUCGUCUUCUCCGCCUUCAAGUAUCCCACUUCUUCACGUGCGCGCUCCCCCUUGGAGUUUUUCGACCACGCGAUAGCGUAUUUCGUGAGCGCGCUGAAUCGCCGCAGGAUAUCGCGCGAGACAGCCAAGCUCAAGUUCGUCGGUGUCGGCGAAAUGGUCGCUGCAGUGACUCCUCGGCCGGUCAUUGCCAUCGCUCCCACAGAGCCCGCGGAGCGCGCUAGAGCUGAGGUACGCAACGCGCUUCUUGACCCCGCAGCGCUCGGGGACGGCCGGCUCGCCACGCUGCUUCUGCAGCGAGCUUUUGAGGAGCGCGGCGCCGAAUGGCGCGUCCCCACCCGCGGCGACGCCGCCGACCACCUGAUCUUUAUGUCGCGCGACGAGUACAUUACAGACGAGGCGGCGUCGUGGGCAACGGAGCCAAAUGUACAUAAGACCUCGCUGAGCGCUUCCAAUCUAGCCAACCACUUCAUCCAUUUCGACGACGACAUCACGAUCCUACUCAUACCCAUGAAACUCGCCCUCUUCAUUCUCCCCCUCGUGGCCGCAGCCCCCAUCCCGGGCUUCCGAUGGUGGUCGUACGGCACAGGAUUCUCGCCUGCGCCCGCUCCGCAGAAGCAGCCCCCGACUGCCCCCGAGCCGCCAGCCCCCGAGCCGCCAUCCGAAUCUUCACAACCCCAGGCCCAACCCGAGACGGAGCCCGAACCCGCACCGCAGCCCCCAGUCGCCCCCGAAGAACCUGCCCCCGCCCCCGCACCUCAGGCCCCCCGCCCGGCAGUGUACCAGAACGCGACGGACUGGUGGGUGCCGGGCACGGUGCUGCACGGGACAUGGCGCGAGGGGAAGUGGGACGGGGUGGAUAACACGGCCGGCGCAGUCAUGUACGUCGACGACCGGAAUAUUGCCGUGACCAUUGUGCCGAUCUAGUCUGCGGUGGAAGUGUUGUACGGUAUGUAUUGUUGGAUGAUGGCCUGGCCUGAGGAACGGAGGUCGGUGGUGGCAAUGGCGGCCACCGCCAGUGUGGGAGCAUCGCGUAGAGAUUUCCGGAGUCUUUCAGCGGGCCGCAGUGAGAUCUUCGGGUAGUGUGUAUAACACGCGGAUGCGGGAAGAGAUCGCUGGGGCGUCAUAGAAGGACGCGUGGGGGACAAGGGGAGCAUGCUGUGGU